UACUGAUAAAAAAACCAUGAUAAGCAGUUGACGAUUGGCAUUAUAUGACAUCCUGGUACCAUUGCAGAGAAUGAAUGGACAAUAGGGGCACAGGCACUCAAACCAGUGAUACACGUCCACGCGUGCAGUAACAUUCUUGUGCAGGCUUGUGUGCAACCACGGUUGCUGUAAAUUGCAUUCAAUCUACCUUUAUAUUAGUGGUGCAUAUUUAUAGGACGUAUUCAGUAUGGAUGUAGCAGAGAUCACCAUGCUCGCUAUCGGCGGCGCAACGUGUUUAUUGCUAAUGAUGUAUAGUGAAAGUGGGAUAGUACUCUGUGGUGUCACUACUAAGUCCGGCAGCUCGGUGAAGACUCUCAUUUUGCAAGAUAGGGAGCCUACAGCAAGCAUGGCACCGGCAACGGGCGAAAUUGCUGCUCAAGCUAUGAUGGACGGUGAGAUGGCCCAUGAGGACUGGAUCUCACAAGCGGCGCCCAGGGCAAAGCCAAUGCUAUCUCCCGACCAGAAAGUGACGAACCUUCUCCUUCUAGAGGAGUCCGAUCGAGCCAAGUACACGGCUUUCAAGUACAAGUAUCUCGGUGCGUUUCUGACGGCCAUGUUUGCAGACUGGAUGAAAGGGGCGUACAUAUAUGCCUUAUAUAGCCGGCAUUACAACUAUGAUAUGACGGAAAUCGGGCAGCUUUUUAUCGCUGGUUUCGGCUCGAGUCUGAUCUUCGGAACAUAUGUGGGAUCACUCACUGAUCGUAUUGGACGGAAAGCAACAUGCAGGCUUUACUGCAUACUCUAUAUAUUGGCCUGUAUACUGAAAAACUGGAGGGAUUUUCGGUUGCUGCUGUUAGGACGAGUUCUGGCGGGGGUCUCGACGUCGAUACUGUACACGGGGUUUGAAUCCUGGGCCAUCUCCGAAUUCAAUCAUCUGAAUCUGCCAUAUAAAUUGUUGCGGGAUCUCUUCCAGAAAGCGACCUUCUACAAUGCGCUGACGGCCAUCGUCGCAGGCUUCACCGCUGACUUCAUCGCGAGAACAUGGUCGCUGGUGGCCCCUUUUAAUGCCGCCAUCAUACCUCUGAGUGUGUCAUUUCUCGUCAUCCAGUUGACGUGGCGAGAAAACUAUGGUAACCAGACGGCAACUGUCAACGACAACCUGCACAAAGCUGUGGAGGCCAUGAUGCGCGACAAGAAGAUUCUAUAUACUGGCAUGAUCUCGGGAUUGUUUGAGGGUGUGAUGUACGUGUUCGUCUUCAUGUGGACACCCGCGCUCGAAGAAUCCAAGGCAGACGUCUCGCACGGCUCAGUCUUUGCAGUCUUCAUGGUCUGGAAGAUGGCGGGCUCCUAUGUGUUUACGGUUGCGACAGAGGUAUUAAAGGCGCACGAGUUCGCACGAGUGGUGUUUGCCAUCGCCGCGGGUACGAUGCUUGUGCCGGUCUUCCUAACGGGUGUCACCGAGGGAUCGGCAUACCUGCUGCUCUUUGUGGCGUUCUGCCUGUAUGAGUGUUGCAUAGGAAUGUACUUCCCGACAAUAUCCAUGAUGCGCUCCAGAUUUAUCGACGACGAUAUACGUUCAACGACUAUGAACCUAUUCCGAGUGCCUCUGAAUAUUCUGGUGAUGCUGACUCUGGUGAAAGUGGGCGACAUGUCACAAGAGUUAGUCUUUCUGAUCUGCGCCGUUGGCCUUCUGGUGUCGUCCUACGCUCUAGAGAAAGUAUGUGCCAUGUAUGCCGCUGAAGGGCCGUCCACCGACCGCUCCGUGCAUGCGAACUAAUAGUCAUCACAGUGAACUCGCCGGUCUUACAUUAGACAUGUCAUGCGUGAGCAACACACACGGUCCUAUCAGUCUAAUCAGUCGCUAUGGCGUAGAGCUCGAGAUGUUUAUAAGCUUGCUCGCGCCCGUAUAGUAUCAAUCCAUACCGAGCCGUUAUACAGGUAAGGAUUUCGUAUGCACCUGGGCCUGAGAAACCAUCGUGCUUCUCACCGGAAGAGAAGGCCAGCACUCUCUCACUGAGCAUAAACAGAAGAGAUGUAUUUCAUCUUUGUGCUCGGCGGGCUGCUCUGUUGUGCUAUUUGGCCUCUGAGUAAUACGUGGUGACUGUUAGUGUGCUGUUUGGGAGUGACUUGCAGAGUCUUAAGGUAGAGUGGCCACACACAAGUUGGUGCCUGUCAAGGUCAUCGCCCCAGCCAGCUGGUGAAGCACCCAAUCCGUCGACGAUCGAACAGGAGUGCACGCAUCUGGGAGUGAUCCGUCUGAGUGAUAGUGAUAGUGUGUGGACUUACGACCGGUGGAAUAUAAUUAGGACUCAAUUUCAACUCCGCCCCACCUGCCAGCCAAUAACUGGGAUGUGUCCUUCCCAUAUUUGGCUCUGAUGCAGGGCCUCUUGAGCUUACAUCUGACAUUCUGUGCAAGGGAGUGGGUAUAUCAGGCAUGUAACAUACGGGAGUAAGUAUGUUAAGUCAUUCGUUUCAGAUAGUCAGUGUAUCUGGCUAUAUGCCUUAUAGCGAGUAAGCAAUUCUAUGCAUGCAAUGCGCGUGACUUGCCUUGAGGUGUGUGUGACCUUUCGGCAUUCCGGCAAUGCCCCUACAGAAGCGAACAAAUAGUUCAGAAUGUGGUUGUACCUUGGUAAAUAGCACCCAUCAUUCCAUAAUAAUUACGCGGCUAGCGAGCUAGAGGCCAUGAUUUAACGUGCGCCGCUGCGUCAUAGCGUCGCUCCGGUCUGGAUUUGAGAGUACCGCUUGCAGAUGCUAGCGCCACUUAGGGCGGCGCGAAACCAGUAGCGUGGUGACUAACGAUGAAUAAAUGGAGAACUGGAUUUGAACAAGCACAGCGGGAUCUGCGUAGAUUCGCAUCUAGAAGACAACUCACACUAAUGCAAAAGCGAUAGGCUAGCUGACCUGAGCUGAGAACUUUAUGUAGGAAAUUUCGUCUUCGAAAUCUCGCGCGGAG